AAGGAGCGUCAGCCACUAGCAUUCUUCGACUUUAGAGACGGAAAAGAAGUCCCAAUCCCCUGGUCAGCUAAGCCGUUAUCAGAAGUCAAACUCCUAUCCCCUGAACGUCCUGGGAUAUGGAUUGGCGGCGCGACUGCAAUGUCAAUUGACGACAGCGACGAUGACAGAUUUGACUUCACAGACAGUGAAGAUAGGCAGGAAGAGGAUGUCGAGUCACCAUCUCUAUCCAGGGGUAAGAAGGAGUCUCCAUAUAUGGCCAUCAUCAAGGACAUCAGGAGGUUCAAGAAGCGACGUGCCCGCAAGUCUGCAGUAGCAACGCCAGGGACAGAAGACAACAACCAUCAUUAGGAGGCUGAAAGAGAAGG